AUGUUUAUGCUCCGCAACGUGAGCAAGUUUCUUUUUGGCGAUACGUCUAAAGAAUCCAUCAUCGAAAUCCCCCAGGGCCAGCUCUACUUGGUUCGCCCGCUUUCCCCCAAGGGCUACUCCGAGCUUAUCUUCAAAGACGCGGCGGCGUCCAUCAGGAGAACCGGGCAAGAUUUUCAGUAUCAGCUGGUCAUCCAGCGUGCUUUUGAGGAAGGCGAAGAGGAGCUUGCUGAUGACGAGGAUGAUCCAGGCGCCAGUGACGGUCUAGGUGACAAGGACGAGAAGGUCUUUUUGCUCGAUCACGCCUUGCACUUUCGCUCAGAAAUCCGGGACAACGGCGCAAAGGUUCUUGCCUGGCGCGAUUUGAGUGGUGAUCCUGGUGAUCUGUUUGAAUUCGUCUGCGAUCCUUCGGUACCCGGAGACAAAGUCGCCACCUUUGAGCUGGCAGCUCUCCAGUGCCAGUUUGAAAGGAAAUACCGAAGGAGCGCCCAAAAGGCGACAGAGCAAGAGCUACAGGAGUUCUCCUUCGAGGAGGAGAAGCCGAUCCCCAGUGCGAGCCCCCUGUCUUCGCCGAUUACCAAGUCACGUGCCGGUUCUCGGGCCUCUGCAGAGGAGUCAACUGCAGCUAUGGCCAAGGACGUCGAGUAUGCGCGGUCGAAGGGCCAUAUCAAGCCUGCCGAGGAGCCAACGGCUGCUCCUCCGGCCGCUGUGCAGCCAGAGGCAAGGGAGAUUCUGGCCAAAGAAAACGCAGAAUUACAUAUGUUUGACUUCUCAAGUGGAACAUUCAUGAUGAAGGACCCCAGUGUCACUGCAACUGUCUCUGAAAUUGGGACCUGGCAGUACUGGCUCCAAAUCAGUGGGGAAGAUCAGGAUUGGUUGGGGCAAGCUGUUGUGGCCGACAUCAACCCUGUCUUCAACUUUGAAUACCUCUCCUUCAUCUUCAAUCACUACACUGAAGACGGAUCAGCGUACUCCUGGCUACUGCGGUUCAAGGAUCAGGCCAUGGUGGAGAGAUUCCAGGAAGGCUUGAUGCAAGCUCUCUGGGAGCAGCUGAACGAGAUGAAGUGGGGCAAGGUCAAGGAGCAAGAGAAAGAAUACGUUUUGGAUGCCUUCCAGGACCUUACCAUGGAGGACCAGGAGGCUGAAGAGCGUGCGGAAGAGGAAGAAGAGGAGGAGGAAGAGGAGGAAGAUCAGGACGAUGGCCAGCGCAGCGAACACUAUGAUACUGAUGAAGAGGAAGACGAUGUUGCGACCCGUGAUGAGGAUGGCAAUGUGAACUCGCAGCUGGCUGUCGGUUAUAAGCAUGACCGGUCCUUCGUGGUGCGAGGCUCUAAGAUCGGAGUAUUCCGUCAUACGCCCAACAACAACCUCGAAUUCUCGACGAACAUUUCCAAGGUUGAAACUCCCGGCGGCAAACUGUUUAGUCCCAAGAAGGUGAUGCUUCACGCUGAAGACUCAAAUAUGAUUCUUCAAGAUUCCGAGGCACCGAACUCUCUGUACCGCAUGGACUUGGAGUACGGAAAGAUUGUGGAUGAGUGGAAGGUUCAUGACGACAUUUCUGUCAACACCUUUGCUCCGGAAACCAAAUUCUCUCAGAUGACCGCUGCCCAGACAUUUGUAGGUAUUUCGAACAAUGCGCUGUACCGGAUCGAUCCUCGUCUUGCAGGAAAUAAACUGGUCGAUGCGGAUUUGAAGCAAUACGCCAGCAAGAACGAUUUCUCUGCCGUUGCCACCACCGAAAAGGGUUAUCUGGCCGUUGCGUCCAACAAGGGUGACAUCCGCAUGUUUGAUCGUCUUGGAAUCAACGCCAAGACGCACAUCCCAGCUCUGGGAGAAGCGAUCAUCGGUCUUGAUGUGUCGGCCGACGGACGCUGGGUCCUAGCCACUUGCCGCACGUAUCUCCUUCUAAUUGAUUCACUGCAGAAGGACGGCAAGAAUGAAGGCAAACUUGGAUUUGAAAAGUCCUUUGCCAAGGACUCGAAGCCUCAGCCCCGUCGUCUGGGUCUCACGCCUGCCCAUGUUGCCCAAUUCCAACACGAAACAAAACAACCUCUGGCAUUCACGCCGGCCCGUUUCAAUACGGGUGUUGAAAGCGAGGAAACCUCUAUUGUCACUGCUACCGGGCCUUUCAUCGUGACCUGGAGCCUGAAGAAGAUACUGGCUGGCCGCAAAGAUCCCUACUCGAUCAAGCGGUACGCCGAGAACGUCAUGGCGGAUAAUUUCCGCUUCGGGUCCGACAAGAACGUCAUCGUGGCCUUGCCCAACGAGGUCAACAUGGUGGCAAAGAAGACCUUCUUGAAACCCACGCGCGAGAGCAUCGCCGGGCCGGUCACUCCGAGCCGUAUGAGCAGCAGAUUCAGCAAUCGCCUUGGACGGAAUGAUAUCGUCAAUUCUCCUUAUUAA